AUGCCAAAAAGGAAGGGCGUGGAUUUCGCCCUGCUCGCCUACUUCUUCUUCUGGUACCUGGGCAACUACUAUUACAACAUCACGAACAAGCUCGCCCUGAACGCCGCUGGGGGCGCGACUGGCUUCCCCAUGUCGAUCGCUACCAUGCAGCUCGGCUUUGGCUGCAUCUGGGCGCUGUUCCUGUGGGGCUACCCGGACGCGCGCGCCCUGCCAAAGAUCAGCUUCGACGACUGGAAGGCCACGCUGCCCGUAGGCUUCUGCUCCGCGGCCGCCCACGCCUUCUCCGUGUUCGCCCUCUCGGCUGGGGCCGUCUCCUUCGGCCAGAUCGUGAAGGCCGCGGAGCCGGCUUUUGCGGCGUUGAUCGGGACCGCAUUCUAUGGCUCCAAGGUGAGCACCGCCAAGUGGUUGUGCUUGAUUCCGGUGAUCGGUGGCGUGGUCCUGGCGUCUCUGGGCGAGCUGGAUUUCGCAUGGGCCGCACUGUUCACGGCGGCUCUCGCCAACGUUUUCGCCGCGUUCAAGGCGAACGAGAACAAGAAAUUGAUGGACACGGCGGGCCUGAAAGACCGCUUGGGCAGCGUGGGUAAUCAGUUUGCGAUCACGAGUAUCAACUCGUUCCUCUUCUGCCUCGUGCUCAUGUUCGCCACCGAGGGGAAAAAGUUUGGUGCCUUCCUCCAACUCUGCAAGACGAGCAAGAUCGUCCUGUGGAACAUGAUCGCGUCGGGCUUGUGGUUUUACGCCUACAACGAACUCGCAACAAUGACCAUCAAGAAGACGAGCGCAGUUACCCAGUCUGUUGCUAACACCGCGAAGCGCGUCAUUGUUAUCGUGGGCGUUGCUAUCAUUCUCGGGGAGAGCCUUGACCCACUGAAGCUGAUUGGCUGCGGCAUCGGCAUCGGCGGCGUGUUCCUCUACUCUAUCAUCGACGACCUCGUCAAGUCCAAGUAG